CCCAAGUGCAAUGUGCGGCUUUUAUUAGAGCUGCCCCGGGGAUGAGACCAGGACAGUUCCUCGCAGGGACUUGUGCAGAUACCAGCCGGUGCCAGGCUCCUGUAUGAGAGACUUCAAGGAGGUCUGUCGGCCGGUGAGAUGUGUUGCUGCCUCGCUUUCCUGUUCACCCCUCUGCCGACCCCGGCCAUUUUCACUCUCAUUGCCAUCGGACUGACCGCUUUCUUCUAUGUUCUCACCAAGCCCAAGCCGGUGCAUCCCCCUAUAGAUCUGAACCGGCAGUCCAUCGGGACACAGGGCGGAGCUCGGCGAUCCAUGUUACUGAAGGAUGACACCUUCAUGUCGUACUACUAUGAAGACGCCAAAACCUUGUAUGAAGUCUUCAUGAGGGGACUUCGAGUGUCGGGGAAUGGAGAUUGUCUCGGAUACCGGAAACCAAAUCAGGCCUAUCAGUGGAUCACAUACAAGCAGGUGGUGGACAGAGCAGAACAUUUGGGCUCCGGUUUCAUCCACAAGGGCUGCAAAGCGUCUCCAGAGCAGUUCAUCGGAGUUUUCUCUCAGAAUCGCCCAGAGGUGGUGAUCGCUGACCUCGCCUGCUUCACCUACUCUAUGGUGGUGGUUCCUCUUUAUGACACUUUAGGGCCAGAAGCCAUUGUAUUCAUCGUUAACAGAGCCGAUUUAUCCCUCAUCAUCUGCGAUAAACCGGACAAAGCAUCAAUUCUGCUCACUAACUGCGAGAAGGGGCUCACCCCGGGCCUGAAAAUCAUCAUCCUGAUGGAGGAAUUUGUCAAUGACCUAAAGGAACGAGCUGCAAAGUGUGGGGUGGAGCUGCUGAGGAUGCAAGAUGUAGAGUAUUUAGGGAAAGAAAACUUCAAGAAACCGACGGUAACUCCUAAUCCUGAUGAUCUGUGCCUCAUCUGUUUCACUAGUGGAACAACAGGUGACCCCAAAGGGGCGAUGCUCACCCACAUGAAUAUUGUAGCUGAUGCCGGUAGUUUUCUUAAAGUCUCAGAAAGCUCCUUUACCCCGGUGACCUCUGACAUUGAGAUAUCUUAUCUGCCGAUGGCGCACAUAUUUGAGCGAGUGGUUCAGACUGUGGUCUACUCUGCUGGCGCUAAAGUGGGCUUUUUCCAGGGCGAUAUCCGACUAUUGACCGAUGAUAUGAAAACACUGAGGCCGACAGUUUUCCCAACAGUCCCCAGACUGCUGAACCGGAUUUAUGACAAGAUACAAAGUGGAGCCCAGACUCCAACCAAGAAAUUCCUGCUAGACUUUGCUGUGAGGUGUAAGUUUGAUGAGAUUAAGAAGGGAAUUUUUCGGAACAACAGCAUUUGGGAUAAAUUAAUAUUCAAGAAAGUUCAGGAGACAAUGGGUGGACGUAUCCGGGUUAUGGUAACUGGAGCAGCCCCUAUAUCUGAUAAUGUCAUGUCCUUCCUGAGAGUUGCGCUGGGCAGUAUGAUUUUGGAGGCAUACGGUCAGACGGAAUGUGGCGCCGGUUGCUCGUUUACCACCCCUGGAGACUGGACCACAGGACAUGUUGGCGCUCCACUGCCGUGUAAUCUUCUGAAGCUCGUGGACGUGACAGACAUGAAUUACUUCUCAUCCAAUGGAGAGGGAGAGGUUUGCAUUAAAGGCACCAAUGUGUUUAAAGGAUAUCUUAAAGACCCAGAGAAGACGGCAGAAGCCAUCGAUGAGGAGGGAUGGUUGCACACUGGGGACAUUGGGAAGUGGCUUCCAAACGGGACCUUGAAAAUCAUCGAUAGGAAGAAGAAUAUCUUCAAGUUGGCGCAGGGAGAAUACAUUGCCCCAGAAAAGAUUGAGAACGUGUAUGUGAACAGCGCCCCGGUGGCUCAGGUCUUCGUACAUGGUAACAGCCUGCGGUUGUCCCUGAUCCCUGAGGUUUUGCCAGAUUUUGCAGCAAAGCUUGGUGUCGAGGUUCCUUCUGAAGAACUCUGCAAACAUUUAGCUGUGAAGAAAGCCAUACUAGAGGACUUGAUUAAAACUGGAAAACAGGCCGGACUAAAGUCUUUUGAACAGGUGAAGGAUAUUUACGUGCAUCCUGAAAUGCUGACCAUUGAAAACGGUUUACUGACGCCAACGCUGAAGGCCAAGCGAGCUGAGGUGGCCAAAUACUUCAAGAGCCAGAUGGACGACUUGUACAGUAAAAUCCAGGACUGAAGUGGAGCUCCGCUGCGAUCAGCACCUCCGACCUUCCUGGUGCCGCAGUCUCCGUCUGGACGAGCCGCUCCUCGCUGUGCGCCCUACGGCAGAGCAGGCGGCACGUCUGGGCAUAGUCAUCCCCGUCAGCUGCACAGUGCUCCGGGCCUUGUAAAUUUUUAAAAAUGUUUUUUAUGACUUGCAGCUCCCCAGCUGCUGUGCAACUACAAGUCCCAGCAUGUCCUAGAGGCUGCUUGAGGCGAGUGCAUACUGGGAGUUGUAGUCCACAGCUGCUGGAGGUUGAUGAAGAGGGGGGAGGGGGUCCUGUGCUGUAUAUACCAGGCUAAUAAAACCUACUAAG